GGAAAAUUUUUGUGAAACUGGUAAGUAGCGAAAGCCACGUCUUUGCACACGCAAUAAUCGAUCGGCAUGCAUGCAAACCCUAGCUAGCUAGCAGCUGCAACAAGCUACACUAGCUAGCUAGCAUGGCUAAUGUUACUACUGGCACUAGCCCAGCUACUGUACUCUCUGGACUAUCUGCGCCGGUGCCGUUCAAGGACGUCGUCGUCAUCAUUGGCGACCGUGACGCCGGGCAGCAAGACGCCGACGCCUCAGCGCCGGAGGAGUACGCGAGCGCUGCCGUCUCCGCCCUCCCGAGCAACCCGAAGCUGUUCCUGCGCCGCUACCAGGGCACGUGGGUGCUGGAGCCGUGGGUGCCGGGGAUCGUCUCCAUCCAGCGGGGCGCCUUCGCGCCGCGCCGCGGCGACGUCGUCAUCGCGAGCCCGCCCAUGUGCGGCGCGCCGUGGCUCAAGGCCCUGGCCUUCGCCGCCAUGGCGCGCGGCGUGCACCCGCCGGCCGCCGACCCCGCCGGGCACCCGCUCCUCCGCGUCCACCCCGACGACUGCGUCCCGUCCAUGGAGAAGCAGUUCGGCACCGCGCUGGGGAGAAAGGCCAUGGACGCGCUGCCGUCGCCGAGGCUCAUGGCCACGCACAUGCACCGUUCCAUCCUGCCGGCGUCCAUCGCCGAGAAUCCCGACUGCAAAAUCGUCUACAUAUGCAGGGAUCCGAAGGACAUGUUGGUUUCUAUGUGGCAGUUCUCCAGGAAGAUCCGGCCGGACCUUGAAUUCUCCGACCUGUUAGAGGCAGCAUGCGAGGGCAGCUGCCUGAGCGGGCCCAUCUGGGACCAUGUCCUUGGGUACUGGAACGCCAGCAAGGCGAGCCCGGAGAGAGUGUUGUUCAUGAGAUACGAGGAGAUGCUGCAAGACCCAGUCGGUAACGUCGUCAAGCUGUCGCGGUUCCUGGGGCGGCCGUUCUCGCCGGACGAGGAGGAGGCGGGGGUCGCCAUGGACGUGGUGAGGAUGUGCAGCAAGCUCAAAGAUCUGGAGGUGAACAGGGUAGGCUCUGGCUCGUCACCCCUACCAGGCAUUCGUGAAGGUGGCUUGAUGAACAAGAACAACUCCUACUUCAGCAGAGGGGAGGUGGGAGACUGGGCGAACCACAUGACACCGGAGAUGGCGCGACGUCUGGACGUAGUCAUGGAAGAGAGGCUCCUCGGAUCAGGCUUCUCGUUCUGCUGAUCUAUCCGUGUACUAUACGUGUGUGUGUCCCAUGAACAAUGCUGUAUUGUACGUGUACUCAGAUGUGUGCCAGCGAACAAUGUUUUUUGUUUAAAGAAAGACACAGAAUGAAAGAGUGCUUUAUAUCUGAUAUUUAUCAAGAACAAA